AACAUGUCUACUCGUUGGUAUCCCCUUUAUCAACGCGGCAAUCCCCAGCUGCGCGUUUUCCUGCCCAAUUUCUGGAUGAAACUUAUUAGGCCCAGUGAACCCCAACCCAAAAAUGUUGUUACCUUUUCCGUAUCAAUGGAAAUGACCAAAUACGAUGUGAAAAACUAUUUGGAAAAGAUUUACAAAGUCCCUGUAAUGGAUGUAAGAACACGCAUUGCAUUGGGUUCGACCAAGCGGGAUACUACCUAUGGAUAUGUGACCAAAAAUGAUGAUAUGAAACUAGCUUAUGUAACAUUGCCAAAGGAAAUGGAAUUUACGUUCCCCGAUAUGUUCGAGAAGAAAGAUGAUGCCAAGAAGGCCGAUGAAAAGGCAAUGGAAGAUACUAAACAAGGUUUUAAGAAAUUCUUAGAUCGAAAUAAGAAACGUCCUGGAACACCAGGCUGGUAUUCGAUUUAG